AUAGAUAACAAAAUAUAAUCAAAUGUCAUUCACUCCUAAUCGUAAUUAUAAUUAAACUUCAUUCAGUUACCGAACUUCGCCGAGUUUGUUUAUUAAUUUACGGAACAUUUCCUUGCAAAAGAAAGUAAAUAAAAUAACAAAUAUGUCCUCACCGACGGAAGAAAGCGUACGUCGCAACAGCGAAAGCGAAGGAGGUGAUGCUGAAACGCCUGAACAUGACCCUCACUUCGAUCCGAUUGUGUCGCUGCCACUCGUGGACAUUCCCACCAACGAGGAGGAAGAGGAGGAACUCGUGAAGAUACGUGCCAGGCUCUACAGAUACGACACUGGUGAUCAUGAGUGGAAGGAAAGAGGUACAGGUGACAUAAAGUUACUUCGCCAUAAAAUAAACAACACAGUCAGAGUGGUGAUGAGACGUGACAAGACACUCAAAGUUUGUGCGAACCACUUCAUCACUCCGGAUAUUAGAAUGAACGUCCACUGUGGUUCAGAUAAGGCAUUCAACUGGUCUGUCUUUGCCGAUUUUGCUGAUGAACAAAUGAAACAGGAAUUAUUGGCCAUUAAGUUUGGAAACCCUCAGAAUGCUGAACUAUGGAAGAAGAAGUUUGCGGAGGCUCAAGAAAUAGUCAGAACAAAGUGCAGUAUUUACACACAGGACCUGUCUUCUGAUGACGAGAGCAGCAUCACUAGAAGUGAAGACACGGAUUCACCGGAGCCCAAGCAUAAUGAGAAAAAAUCUGAUAAAGAUGCCAAAAAUAUUGAAAAAGAAGAGACGGAAUCUGAUGGUGUAGUCCUAAAAUUGAAAGAACUUAAAGUUGAAGGAGCUGAAUAAUUUCGGUAACUUCUCUUUUUAAUUCUUAAAGUUAUAAGAGGCCAACAUGUAACUUGGAUGUUGUCAGACAACUAUAUUUUAAAUAUAACAAUGCAUUUACAAUAAAUCUAUAUUUUUCUUUUAAUGGCUUGUGAUAGUAAUGGUAUGUUCGUAUUAUUAUUUCAAUUUUGUAUUGGACUAAUGUCAGUGUGCAACUUGACUCAAACAGGGUUCAGGCGUUUAGAAUCUGACUAAUGACAGUUUCAAUAAUAAUAAGAAAAAAUAUGCAUAAUAUUUUUGAACGUUAGUCUUUCAUCUUUUUUCAUUUCAUAAAUUGUAAUUUCAGUUGUAGAAUUAUUACUGUUGGCAAUACUUUUAACAAAUUCAAAAAUUAGGCCUGAAUAAAUGUACGUUUAGGAUUUGAUAUUCCAUGGAAACUCGAAUAAGUGUAUUAUAAUAAUUAAAUGUAAGGUGAUAUUUUGAGUGGAGCAAUGUCUAACACGGUUGCCCAUUUAAUAAACCAAUGGUUUUUAAUAGGCUUUGAAUAUUAACACGCACAUUAUUUACAUACCAGCAUUUAGCCCAGGCUGCAUGAUAAUGGUGAUUGCCAACCUGAUAUCCUUCAGAUGAGACAUAGGGCUCACAGAAGGCUCUCCCAUUUCCUUCCAUCUUGAGAAGCAAGAUUAGUAUAUAAAUUAUCCUCGUACCACGAAAACUCGUUGCAGUAUUGCUUCACUCGAAAUAAUGUCGUAUUCAACAUAGGGCAACCAAAUUAAUGGCAAGAAUACCUGCCAUUCACUUGGGUGCCCAGUGCUAGAAAUAAUACAUUGAUUUUUAUAUGUCGUCAAUCAUUACAUAUCAAUUAAAUUGUCAUAAACUAUAGUUUUAGAAAUAUUUGUUUCUGUGUCGGGAGUAUAUUUAGCCUUAUUUACCAUAUAGUUUAUGUCUGUGAACAGAAUUUUUAAUAUGUCAUGAUAUAUUCAAGCUAUAUUAUUUUAGGUAGAGGCUACUGAUUUCAUGUACUUGUAGCAAUUAUUAGGUUACUAUUUUUAGCUACUACUAGUUUUAAUUUUGUAGUCGUUUUGUUGUGCUUUGCCAAUCGCGUUUCGCAAAAUGAGCUGUCACCAUGUAAUUUUGGCCUCACAGAUUUCUGCUUCAUGUUAGAAAAUAUAUUUACAGAUAAUAAUGAUGAGUUAUUGAGAUGUUGCAAGGAAUUGAAAUGCUUUAGAUGUUAAGUAGAUGUUAUAAAGAUAUACACUAAUUGAUGUUCACAUGUAGAAUUUAUCUUAUUAUACUCUUGACACAUAUUUCAAAAUUACCUCGGUUUGUGGACAACUUAUUUCGUCAAAGGUAAUUUUUCAUAUUUUAUGUGUUUGAAAAUGGUUUUGUCACAAUAGCAUGUAUUUUACAUUCCAAUAUCGAUUGCAUUGUAAUAAAAUAUUGCGAACACAAGAUGUGACGAAACCGAUGGUUGAAUUCAUAGUUUUAAUUUUAUACAUUUGAAAAGCUGAAUAGAUGUAUUUCAUUCGUAAA